AUGGCCGAACCACUGAACGUGCGACUGUCCAAUAGUUCUGACGAUUCGCCGUUUCAGGAGGACGAUAGCGAACAGGAGUCCAUACCGCGAGAGGAGGUAGCCGAGAACCUUGAUGAGGUGAUCGAGCCACUCGAUCCCCACAACUCCCAGCUCUCCCUCCUUUCUGGCGUAGGCCACAGUUUGGACGAUCGAAGGCACUCUCGGCACAAGCACGAUCGAGUCAGCCUCACCCAGCGCGACUUCCUCAAAUAUGCUUUGGACGAGAACAACGAGACGAAGAAGUACCGCAAAAUGUUCCGUGCUGCUCUCGAACGGCUCGACAGCGAGACGCGUCGCGCGCAAGAGGCGGAACGGCGCGCCCUCGAACUCGCGCAGCGGUUCAAAAUCGUCAACGAGGCUCGCGUCUCUACCCAGCAAGAGAACGAGCGCAUACACACGGAGCUGCGGAUGUACAAGGUCCAACUUGACAAUGCGCAGCGCGAGAUCCUUCGCGGUUCGGACCUCCUCAAGGAUAUCGAGGCGCAGCGGGACAGCGCGGAGGCGGCUGCGGCGCGAGCCCGGUCUACGGCGCGACAGUUGAAGGAAGAGCAGAUGAAGACGAAGGCGCGCGAGGAAGGGCGAAAGGAGGGAUACCAAGAGGGCCUCCGAAGAGGAUACCAGCAUGCACGUGGUGUAGGUCCCAGCUUAUCUCAAUUCGACAUUCCCCCGGCUGGAGUUCCUCCGGUGGACGACAUCCUUGAGAAUGCUCCUGGACCUGUUCCCAAUGCAAAUCGCAUGGACUCUCUAGACGGCUUCUCUGCCAUCAACCUCGGCACGCCUGCCCCUAUGCACCACGUCCCGCCGUCUGUUUCUACUAUGAUUCAGGAUGACAGAGGAAUUGUGGACGACCUGGACCCUUACGGAGCUGGAGUCCAGGGCUCUCGCUUCAAGGAAACUAUGACCACUCCCUCUACGUUCAAGUCCACACUACCCGCAAGGUCACAACGUGGUGUCCCUUCAGGAUGGCCUGUUUCGGAACCUGAUGAAGAGAUUCGCUAUAUCCGUGCCCCACCGUCUCCUCAGCGCUCGGAUUACACCAAUCUCCAAGAGGGCUUCAUACCGACUCUGGGUCCUGAUCAUACACUCGCCAUGCCCCCACCUCAUGGAUUGCAGCGUCCUCCAUCCAUCUCCACCGCACCUCCCAGCAUUGUAUCGCCGUCCGAAGAACCUAAUUCUGCAAGCACCCUUGGUGUACGACCUCACGACUACGCAUACGGUCAGCGGCCCAGGGCGUCACCUCGCUCGGUUGCGGAGUCUCUCCCGUCCACAACGAUCUCACAUUUCGAUCUCGUGAACGCGCCGCCCACCGCCAUGAAGGGCCUUCGUGACCGCAGUUCUGGCCUCAGCGCAAUUCCAGAAGUCUCAAGCACGUUGGAAUAUAGCCCAAGCAUGGACGGUCGCGUACGGAGCAACAUCUUCCCGGGUGAUAUGGACGGGAUACCCUCAAGACCUCACUCUCGCAGCAGGGAACAAAGUCAACGCAUGGCGGAUGAUUUGAGUUACUCAGACCCUGAACAGAUGGAAAUGUGGCGAAGAUCCACAGCAAGUCAAAGCCACCCUUCUUCGUCACGGGAAAAGCUUACCUCUCCUCACCGACCGGCGCAAGUCACUACCCCUUCCCCGCUGGGUGCCCCUCCGAUCCUGUCGUCCGGCUCACCCGGUCCACUGCACCACCGGACCCAAUCCCUCCAUACUCCGUCACCAAAUCGUCCACCCAACAGCAGAAUCAACUCGGGUAGUCACCGUCGUACCGCGUCGUCGACACCUGUUAGUAUCCGCAUAGAACCACCAUCUGGACCCAAUUCGAGCAUCUCGCCGGGUUCUUUGCAUGACAACAUGCUCUCGCCAGUCUCUUCUCGUCGUCACAUGCAACCGGAUCGUGGCAAUGGGACACCCACACCCGAAAGGCCUCACUCAAGGCCAUACUCCCCGAGUCCCUCCCGUGAGGGUGCGCACUCACCAUAUCAGAGAGCUCCUUCUCCCCAGAACCCGACCUACAUAGUACCACCGUCCCCACGAAGAACACCAGUUCCCAUGCAAAGCCAGCCCGCGUAUCCUUACGCUCAUCCGGGUUCGUCGUCCAGUAGCUCUCUCGGUAGACCAAAGUCACGCGGCGGCUCGGUAGACUUCGGCCGGCCACCCUCUAGCCUCGGUCGCCCUCCUUCCGCACGUCCGAUCACCCCAAGUCAUUCCUCCGGUCCUUACCCAGACCCAACGCCCGGCGUACCGCCGGUAUCCAGCGUACCAAGCGUGCUGCGCUCCCCGUCCAGGACCUCGAGCCGACAGUCGAUACACCCCGACCCUGCGCGUCCCGCGUCCCGCGCGUCCGAGCAACCUCAGCGGAGCUUCAGCAUGCACGCAGGUUCGACGCCAGGGGCGUUCUUCUCGAGCCGGCCGCUCUCCGGCGAGGCGUCGGGUCUGCGGCGGGUGCCGUCGGCGAGUUCGAUCAACAGCGCGAUGUCGCGCAACUCGGGGAUGUACGGGCACUACGACAAGGGACGCGACCUCGACGCGGCGUACCUCAGCACGGAGGACCUGCACGCGCAGUCGCCGCACACGAUGGCGAACACGGUUGCGAACACGCGCGGGAGCGCGAAUUACAGCGGGAUGCGGCCGUCGUCGCCGUCGCUGAUGUCGUAUGCGAGCUACCGGAGCUGA